AUGGAGACACUCAAGAGUGAUUUAGAUCAAACCGAAAGAAAAGAUACAUACAAAUUAGCUUACAUGAUUCAUUUCUUACUUGGUGCAGGUAAUUUGCUUCCAUGGAACGCUUUAAUCACUGCCGUUGAUUAUUUCACUUAUCUUUACCCAAAAAAACACAUCGGGAAGGUGUUUUCGGUUGCGUAUAUGAGUUCUUCGUUACUAGUUCUUGUUGUGAUGAUAAUUUGGAGUGAAUUGAGUAAAAAAGUUACGUUUAGAGCGAGGGUAAAUUUGGGAUUUACCAUGUUUGUUUUUUCACUCAUAGUAACUCUGAUAAUUGAUUGGGGUUGGUGUAGCGUGGAAAAGUCAAUUGUAACUUAUUACAUAGUGGUUGUGUGUGUGGUGAUGUGUGGUUUAGCCGAUGGGUUAAUAGGAGGGAGUUUAAUAGGAUCCGCGGGGAAGUUGCCAAAAAAAUACAUGCAAGCCGUUUUUGCUGGAACUGCUUCAUCAGGGAUACUGGUUUCUCUCUUGCGAAUUAUCACAAAGGCAUCACUCCCACAUGAUCCACAAGGCUUAAGAACAAGUGCCCACUUUUAUUUCAUAGUCACCACCAUCAUUUUUUUAAUGGUAUGCAUCGUUUGUUGUUCCCUAUUGUACAAGUUGCCAUGCAUGGAACAACAUUACAAACAACUCGAACAUCACACUCCAACUUCAAAGACUAAAUUACAAGACACAGCUAGAACGAUUCAAUGGCCAGCAUUGGGAAUAUUCAUUAUAUACACCGUAACCCUAUCAAUUUUCCCGGGAUUUUUAUCAGAAAAUAUAAAUUCGAAAGUCCUUAAAGAUUGGUACCCGAUAAUAUUAAUCACAACAUAUAACAUUGCGGAUUUCUUUGGGAAAUCUUUUAGUGGUUUUUUUAUGGUAAAGGGUAUUGGGAAGGCUGUGUGGGGUUGUGUAGGAAGGUUGGUUUUUUAUCCUGUUUUUACAUUGUGUCUUCAUGGACCUAAAUGGUUUAGAAGCGAGGUUUUUGUGGUGUUUUUGACUUUUAUGUUGGGGUUGACCAAUGGGUAUUUGACAAGUGUCAUCAUGAUUCUUGCUCCUAAAUUGGUGCCACCUUCGGAAGCAGAAAUGGCAGGAAUUGUUAUGGCUUUGUUUUUAGCGAUCGGGUUGGUUUGUGGUUCGGUUCUUGGAUGGUUUUGGAUCAUUUAA